GGAACUAAAAUACGGAACUCGUUUUCUGUCGGCCAUAGUGAAAAAUGGCGACUACGAUGAAUUUAAUGUGAACGAAGUGUACUUUGAUUAGUGACGGUGAAGUGAUUUCAGGUCGGAUUUUACGAGAAAAACGCGAAAGAACAAGAUUUGAUUGCGAUGCAAAUAUGCAGAAUGUACCGCAGGAUACAGGCGCCGACGAAUCGAAGCUAGAAAAAUUGAAGCACGGUGCAGAGAACAUUUCGUCGACUCCCCAAUCGACAAACUCGACUCCGACAAAGUCUGAAACGGAAACUUAUUCGGAAAAUCGCAGAUUCAUGUCGGAAACAUCGGAAAGUGAGGAGGAUUCAGUCUCUGAGGUGGAGUCUUUUAUGGUAGAGCAAGAAUUUGAGGACGAACCACAGGCGGAAGCCGCUAAAUUUCUAUUGGGGCCCGAUCAAGACCGAGCCGUCGAUCCGGAGACGCAGGCCCAUCUCGAAGAAUUGCUCCAGGUGGCAGGUAAGGGAAUUAGUCAACUUGCGGCCAAGGACAGCAAAGCCCUAGGCGACCCCGAGGUUCUGCGCAGACUAACGUCCAGCGUGUCGUGCGCUUUGGACGAAGCCGCCGCAGCACUGACGCGCAUGCGCAGCGAUAACGCAGCCGCAGCAUCAUCUAUGCAAGCUCCCUCUUGUUUAUUGGACAGCAUCUCCACCCGCCCGACCACUCAAGGGGGCGAAGAGAUCUCCGACGAAGACAAGACGGCUCUGGUGGAGGCCUGCAACGAUGGCGACGUCGGCACAGUGAGGAAACUGCUCACAGAGGGCAGGUCGGUGCACGAGACCAGCGAGGAGGGGGAGAGUUUGCUUAGCUUGGCGUGCAGCGCGGGAUACUUCGAGUUGGCUCAGCAUAUCAGAAAUAGUGCAGAAAAUGCCGAAGAUCUAAAACGGGUUUUGUUAGCAAUGCACGCGAACGUAGAAGAUAGGGGCAUCAAGGGAGAAUGCACCCCCCUCAUGGAGGCUGCAUCUGCCGGUCAUCUAGAUAUUGUCAGGUUAUUAAUUCAUCAUGGGGCUGAUGUCAACGCCCAAUCCACAUCUGGUAAUACUCCCUUGAUGUAUGCUUGUGCUGGUGGCCACACUGAGGUUGUCGAAUUUCUUUUGGAAAACGGCGCCCACGUGGAAGACCACAACGAGAACGGCCACACGCCACUAAUGGAAGCCGCCAGUGCCGGACAUGUUGGACUCGCCAAGAUCCUCCUGAUGCACGGUGCCGGCAUCAACACCCAUUCCAACGAAUUCAAGGAAUCCGCGCUAACGCUCGCCUGUUAUAAAGGUCACCUGGACAUGGUCCGCUUCUUGCUGGAGGCGGGCGCCGACCAGGAACACAAGACGGACGAAAUGCACACCGCCCUGAUGGAGGCCUCGAUGGACGGUCACGUGGAGGUCGCAAGGCUGCUUCUCGAUUCGGGAGCGCAGGUACAAAAUGUGAAUAUGCCUACGGACAGCUUUGAGUCGCCUCUAACGUUAGCGGCCUGCGGCGGCCACGUAGAUCUCGCCAUGCUCUUGAUCGAACGGGGGGCCAACAUCGAAGAAGUGAACGACGAGGGCUACACGCCCUUGAUGGAGGCGGCGCGGGAAGGUCACGAGGAAAUGGUACAUCUCCUUUUAGGACAAGGUGCAAAUAUUAACGCUCAGACGGACGAGACCCAAGAGACGGCGCUGACGCUGGCCUGUUGCGGCGGUUUUAUGGAAGUGGCCGACAUCCUUAUCAAGGGCGGCGCCGACAUCGAACUGGGCGCCUCCACGCCGCUGAUGGAGGCCGCGCAGGAGGGCCACAUCGACCUGGUGCGCUUUCUGUUGGAGUACGGUGCGAACGUCAACGCUGUCACGCAGACCAACGAUACGGCGCUGACGUACGCGUGCGAAAACGGACACACCGACGUGUCGGAGUUGCUUUUGCAGUACGGAGGAGAUUUGGAGCACGAAUCCGAAGGCGGCCGCACGCCUCUGAUGAAGGCGUGUCGCGCCGGUCACUUGUGCACCGCCGAGUUCCUCAUUAAGAAAGGGGCGAACGUGCGCAAGCAGACCACCAAUAACGACCACACGCCCCUCUCAUUGGCGUGCGCCGGGGGACACCUAGCCGUCGUCGAGCUCCUGCUCAAGAGCAACGCCGAUCCCAACCACAAAUUGAAGGAUAAUUCGACCAUGCUUAUCGAAGCUGCCAAAGGAGGACAUACCAACGUCGUCCAGCUCUUGCUGGAUUAUCCUCACUCGAUGCUGCUGAGCGGGCAACAGGGUUCGACCGCGGCCACCAACUUGGCAAUGUUGCCUGGACAGGUGGGAACGAGGGACGCCUCUCUACCGGCCGGAUCCAUGGCGCCAGCUAUCGCCGCACCUGGAAACUUCUUCUCACCCCCUACCGCGGUUCUCCAGGAAGUACCUGAAGCUGUGCGCAUCGUGCAGCAGGUGGACCUAAACAGUCCGCCGAUAGAGGUCAGCCCUAAGCAGCAAGUGCAGCAGACGACGCCACGACAAGGCAACGAACAGUCCCAGCAACAGCAGAAGGGAAGGAAAUUGUUGGCGAAGAGUCGAUCUACCGGGGCGAUGUUUGACGGUGCGUUAACAUCUGCCGAAGCCCAACAAGUACGAACGCCGCCCUUAAGCGACUUCGAGGAGGACGCCACGGCGGCCAUGGAGUUCCUUAACAAAGAAGACCCUCACAGUACCCUUAUAGACUUUAUCAAAAAACGGAAGCAGUUCGGCAGCGACCCGGACGGCAACACCCAGAAACAGCAGAUUUUAGAGGAAUUACAUCGUGUGGAACGCGAGCUUCACGGGAAGCAACAACAAGCGGCGCAGCAGCAAGCUGCAGCUGCGGCGGCCGCUGCUGCUGCGGCCGGUCACGGGCACGUGUUCCAAUACCAAAUCCCUCAGGAACAGUGCGCGCUCCAAGCGACCACCGCUCCCACCGCCCUGGCUCCCGUGCUCAACUUUGACCUGGCCAUCCAACAGCAGCAAAAACAGCAAGGACUCGGUUACAGCAACGUUUCCGGUGCGUCGCCUCAACCUUCGCACCAAGUCCCGUUCUACGCCGGCAUAGGCACGCCUCUGUCUCAACAGACGUCUCCCCAGUUCGCGGCGCCUGCCAGCCAAGCGCAGGCGAAUCAAACUGCCGCGCCCACCUUCUACUUCACGCCCAUGCCGGUUAGCUCAGCUCCCAUGGGCGUGUCGCUGGGCACGCCUACGGCCACUGUGGCGAACGGAGGCGUGGUUUCGGCGCCCGCGGCACCCGGAUUGGGGACUUUGGUACCCGCGUCCGCACUCACUGCCCAACCUAUCAAGUUUCAGAGCGUUGCCGAAGUCAGUCAGAACACCGCUAUUAACGAUAGACCCAAGGUUAAACCGAUCAAAAAAGAAGGUAAAAACAUUAGAAAGCAACAGCAGCAAGUGCAACACGCUCAGCCACAGCCUAGCAGCACUCAGGUGACCAAUCAGAACGCGCAAAAUCUAAACCAAUCUCAACCACAGACUAGUCCCUCGCCUCCGAAAACGUUCAACAUCUUUGGAGACCAGCAGGUUCAAAUGUUUCGACAACUACAACUGCCCCAACAACCAAGCCAACCGCAACAAAGAACGGUACAAAAUCAACCUGGCGUACAAUUUCAGAAAGUGGACGGUGGUUCAGUUCCCUCUGACGUUCUCAACGUUCAAGAUUUGGAUGUAACGUUUUUGAAGGAUGAUCAAGAGAGUCUUCUGACCGCGUCCAUUUUACAGCAGAUCCAUAAUACGUCGAUUCCGUUCAUUCGGGCGGCUACGGUUGGUUCUCCUCAAAAAUCACGUUUGGAGGUGUACGACCCUACUCAACAAGAUCAGAAUUCUCAGAGCAAAGUUACAAAAUUAGAAUUAACAGACAAAGACUUUCCCGACGAUGUGGUACAAACUUUGGAGGUACAACCUUACCCAGGUACUUUAGACGAGACUAUGAUUGCCUCUUUGACAGCUGCGCAGCAAGCCGACCUUCAGGCUGCGGCGGCGGCUGCGGCUGCAGCAACAGGAACUUCCGAUCUUUCUAGAGUGGAAUACUUUGCAGUGCCAACAGGAGCGCCCGGAACACAAACAACGUCCGGCCAAGUACCGGUGCACGCCCUGUAUAAUUACGAACACUACUUGACGGCAGGUGGCAUGCAGAAAGACCAGUGGGUGCAAGGAUUUCAAGCCGGCUACAGCCUUAAACAACAACAGCUUGCAGAUUCUCUGACUGUAGCGGGAUCAGUGGCGCCACCGCCGCUCACCAACCAACCUCAAACAUUUAUUACGUCAAAUCAGCCGCAGGCUUGCGUCAAUACCUCGCAACAACCUCAACAAAUCGCAGCUUGUGGACACGCCACUCAAGGUAGUCAUAUCUGUCAACCGUGCGGUCAACACCAACAGCAACCGUCGAACAAUCCGUCGCCACAGCAGGUGGUUCAGCAACAGGUCACUUCUCAGCAACCGCAGGGCUCGAAUCAGGUACAGGCCGCUACGCAAACUCAAACGCAGAACGGCAGCGACGGCAAAAAGAUUCAAAAGGUGUCGGAAAUUAAAUUUAAGAAAGGCCGAGUCAUCCGGCAUCAGAACUCGCUCCAGAACAACCUGCAGCAAGAUCAGAACUACCAGAUCGACCACAAUUCGGCCAUCACCCAGUACAGCGGAGCGAAUAACCGGCAGUGUGCCAAUUCGAUUAUAUCUCCUUGUAUGGAUGUGGACUCCGAGACUGAGAGCAACCAUGACACUGCGCUCACCCUGGCCUGCGCUGGCGGCCACGAAGAACUGGUGGAAUUGCUGAUCAGUCGAGGGGCCGAUAUCGAACACCGUGAUAAGAAAGGUUUCACUCCUCUGAUCUUGGCUGCCACGGCCGGUCACGAAAAAGUCGUCGAUAUUCUCUUAAACCACAACGCGGACAUUGAGGCCCAAUCCGAACGCACCAAGGAUACGCCACUGAGUCUCGCUUGCAGCGGCGGCCGCUAUGAAGUGGUCGAACUGUUGCUCAACCGUAACGCCAACAAGGAACAUCGCAAUGUGUCAGAUUAUACACCCUUAAGUUUGGCCGCCUCAGGUGGCUACGUCAACAUUAUUCGGCUACUUUUGAGCCACGGAGCCGAGAUCAACUCUCGCACGGGUUCUAAACUGGGAAUAUCCCCGUUAAUGUUGGCAGCCAUGAACGGACACACCUCCGCCGUCAAGGUUCUUCUGGACAUGGGAAGCGAUAUCAAUGCUCAAAUCGAGACGAAUAGAAACACGGCGCUCACUUUGGCCUGUUUCCAAGGACGACACGAGGUGGUGGCGCUCCUUUUGGAAAGGAAAGCCAAUGUGGAACAUCGCGCCAAGACAGGAUUGACGCCAUUGAUGGAAGCCGCUUCGGGAGGUUACGUCGACGUCGGAAAGGUUUUGGUCGACAAAAAGGCCGACGUUAACGCUACUCCGGUUCCCUCGUCGAGAGACACUGCCCUAACUAUAGCUGCCGACAAAGGACACGCACAAUUUGUCGAAUUACUAUUAGAAAAAAACGCAAUGGUCGAGGUGAAGAACAAGAAAGGAAACUCUCCGCUCUGGCUGGCUGCUAACGGAGGACAUUUGGCCGUUAUUCAGAUGCUGUACGACAAAAACGCCGAUUUAGAUUCUCAAGACAACCGCAAGGUGUCCUGUCUUAUGGCGGCCUUCCGUAAAGGACACGUCAAAGUAGUAGAGUGGAUGGUGGAACACGUGACUCAAUUUCCCAGCGACCAGGAAAUGAUGCGAUAUAUUGGAACCAUAAGCGAUAAAGAAUUACUGGAGAAGUGUCACGAAUGCGUCAAGCUUAUCCGAGCUGCGAAAGAGACUCAAGCCGACCGCGCCAAUAAAAACGCUUCUAUAUUAUUGGAGGAGCUCGAGUCGGAGCGUACACAAGAAGAGAUCAAACGAAUUGCUGCCGCUAAAAGACGGGAGAAGAAGAAGCAGAGACGCUGGGAGAAAAAGGAACAACAGAAGAGACUGCAGGAGCAGAACAAGAAGAACGUCAACUACCGAAGGAAGUUGCAAAAGGUCGAGGAAAAAGCUGAAGUCGAGGAGGUUGCGCCCGAAGCGAAUCCAGUUAACGGUAACGAUAAGGAGGAGGGGGACAGCGGGAUCGACGCGAACAGUCAAGGUAGUUGUUCCAGCAACGACAUCAAAACUUCCAAGGAAAAACGCAAAAAUAAAAAGAACAAGAAGACGAGCGUUAACGCAAAAAGAGAGGAGCUAUUAUCCGCGAAGCCAAAAGCGGGUUCGAGCAAAUCGUCCGAUGGGCUCGAAGCCAAUGAAAGAUCCGAACCUAGGGAAAAGGAAGUAAAGGAAUCUAAAAGCGCAUCUAAGAAUAACAUGCGAAAAAAUGUAUUUUUUGCGGAGAAACCCCCUAAGGCGCCUGUCCCGGAAGUGGUCAUUAAAUCGCCCGCGGACCGCGACGAUUUUGAGGCUACUGGCAACGAGACCUACGUCGCCUCUAAGAACAGGAAAGAAGAUUCUCAUGCACCCUGUCAAAGUAGCAAAGGCGGAGGCAGUACCAGUCCUAAGCAAGCGACUAAACGCGAGGACGGUUGGAAAGAAGUCGUUCGUAAGUCCUCUGUUCAGACCGUAUCCGAGUCGGGUGCCAAGAAAGUUUUGGUGCCGUUAAACGCUAUCUCUAGGGUUAUUGGCCGGGGUGGUAGUAAUAUAAAUGCUAUCAGACAGCAUACUGGUGCGCUUAUUGAAGUAGAAAAGCAAGGAAAAGGCCAGGGCGAUCGCGCCAUCACUAUAAAGGGCGCCCCGGAAGCUACCCGGCAAGCGCACGCUUUAAUCACUGCCCUUAUCAAAGAUCCCGACGUCGAUAUCGCGUCCAUGUUAUCUAAAACACCUAAGCCAGCCAGUGCCGCUACAACUCUAUGGGACAAAACUCAGAUAGCUACCAAGAAAAACGCCGGAAAACUAGCCUCGACUGUCCAAACUGCGGGACCAACUGUGACCUCCCACACCAAAGUGUCGACCGCCGCCGCCGCUCCGACUUCUACCGUGCGCUUUGCUUCCGCAUCGUCCAAGUACAGAUCGGCGCCGACUACAGCCACCACCAGGGUUACAGCCCCUCGUCUAGCUGCCCAGGUAGAGAAGAACGCUCAAGCCCAACAAAGCGCUGCUCGUCUCCCCGUCUCUUCAGCGACAGUUAUUCGUUCGGUUCCUUCUAAGAUCAUUACUACGCUAGCGAGUCAGACAUUCGCCGCCAAGCUGACGGAAACCGUAACUGCUAGCCAAGCCUUGUCUAGCAGUAUCGGUCAGACUUCUGCCUCUGCAGGGUCUACCAAACUUAGAUCCACACUAGUGACACCUUCUACGGCAGGAGCGGGACCAGUAUCGCCGCAGCCGCCAAUCGCAGCGCCCGCCAACACGCUAGGGUCGCCUGUUAAGAGUGCUAGACCACAACCUACGGGUUCGGCUCCACCUACCAUGCAACAUUUCCAAAGCACGUCGGCAGUCAAACCACAGCUCCCGCAUUCGUCGGCUUUUGCCAGUAAUUUGCAAACUAGCCACGCGUCGAGCAGUAACGAGAAAAACAGUUCUAUGACGACGUCUGCCUCGUCGAACAUUUUAUCCUCGUCUGUUCAGACCUCUCAUCAGCAGCAACAAGAUGAUAUCACGUCGCACGCUCCUUUACCGGCUACCUCGGAAUAUACAUUAUUCUGUCCAGGAGAUUACUGGAACCGACGCGAACAAGAACCUACAAAAUUACCCAAUUUUGCUUCUGUCGCUAGUAGCGGUUCGAGUCAGAAUACAACACAGGUUAAGUUUAUAGAUCAAGAACCGCCGCCGCAAGUAGAUAUUACUAAAGCUCCUGGUUACCGAGGGGUGGCCGUUUGCUCACCAGUAUCGUCCAAAACCAGCAGCAAUAGCACUACGCCGCCCACCUUGUCAGCCGCUUCUUACCAAGGUUACCAGGAAGCGACCAAAUCGCAGAACGCCCUACCGCCGAUCGGUUCGCGACCUCAAGUAUCGCAAAGCGGACCCGGCGAUUUUAUGCCUUUCAUGGACUUCAACAAACCCGGAGCGACCCUGCCUAACUUGAUGGGCCUGGGUACCAACGAAGCUCACCUCUUACAGAACACGUUCAACCCUAUUCAAAGUCUGAACUUCUCGCAACCUCAACCGCCUGUUAACAUACAACAGUCGGCGAGCAUGUCUCGAUUGAAUCCCAAAGCGCCGGAAUACUCCGGUUCCGCCUACAGUUCUAUGCAGAACAAGAGCGGCAUGUACAACGGGUUCCAGAUUCAGAUGCAGAACAACGUGUUCGCGUUAAAGGGCAACAUGGACGCAGCCGCCAACACUUAUCAUCGGGGCAUGAACAACGCCUCCCAGCAGAACAGGUCGUGGAUACAGCAGGUGCCUUCGUUCACCCAGCAACAGAACGAGUUGAUAAGUGGCCUGGCGGGAAUGACGAUCCAAAAUUUGCAGGCCAAGGUAUACGGAGAAGGUCUCGAAAACGGGGCUGAGUUGGCGGCCAUGGUCAACAACUCGCCGAAUAUGUCGCCGAACCUGGCCGGUGGUCCGCCGCACGGUCUUCACGCCGACUCUGGCCAUUUCGGCGGGAUGGAGGAGCGCAAGCCUCAGCCGAUCGGCACGGGCAGAGCGCGCAAGGCGUACCCGAGUCAGAUGGACCAGAACUGGAUGCUGAACGAGAAACAGGCCAAUUGGGGCGGAAACGGACUCGAAUUCAACAUGAGGCCGCCGCCGAUGUACCAAGAGGACACCGGCAUUGAUUUUUCGAAUGCCACUUUGGAAACACAGCUGCAGAGACCGAUGCAGAUGGAAAACUACAUGAAUAACCCCGGCCCCUAUUUCAACCACCAGCACCCGAAUUUGAGACCGGACUUUAUAUCUGACAUGCCAAAAUUAGAUUUGUCAUGGGACAACGGUCGGCCCAUACCCGAACUGCAAGAUAAACAUGGCUGGCAAUGGAACAAGUAACCUAUUAUGAAAACUGAACCAGAAACUAUAAGCGUCGAUUUAAACUUAAGUCCAAAAGAAAAUAUGCGAAACUCAGCUUGUCUUUGUGAUUUUUUGGAAUACCGAGUUUUCACCGUAGAAAAUGACUAGUUCUCUAUAGUUACUUUUGAUUUAAUUUGUAUCUUUUCAUUUUGUUAAUGGUAUAAGGUGACGUCGAAGCCCGGUAUACAGGCCGUCGACAAACGUAAUACGAAAUAUAUAGUCAAAAAAAAAUUAUAAAAAAAUAAUUAAAAAAACUAUACGCAAUUGAUGUAAAUAAAAAAACGUUCAGAUUAUUCCCUAGUAUAUUUGCAUGUUUAUUUUUUCGUUAUUGGCCGACUUGAUUGGAUGUCUUUCGAACCGUAACACACGUCACAUUGUUUGAGGUUAUGUAAGGACGAUAUUUUCCAGAAAGUCAUGAAAGUUGGGCUAAGGGACAGGUCCUGGUUUUUUCCUAAUUAUUUAGCUUAGUCCCCAUAUAAUCUUAAACCACAGAGACCCGAAAAAAUAAGCCGUAAAAAUAAAACACUAUAAAAAAUAUUCAUUGAAUUAAUCACCUCCCGUACUCUCCUGCAAGAAAGCAAAAUGCCAAGCAAGCCGACUAAGUAUUCCGCUUAUAGUAAUCUAUCGAUGGAUCUAUUUCGAAGGAAUAGGAUUUUGACUGGAAAGCUUUAACUGGACAAAAUUCAACUCGCGGUUAAGUUCACGAUAAAGAAGGAUAUAUACUCCAUCGAAAUUAUUAUUUUGAUGUCUGUAAAGAUUGUGGUAUCACAUCUAAAAAAAAUAGUUCUAUUUUUAACGAACAUACACUAUAUAAGCAUUUCGGUGGACCGGUAACCUAAUUUUUCGUGCAUAAAAUACUGCAUACGUUCAAUUUUGUCUAGGAACAGGCCUCGUUAUAUUGGAGUUAGACAUUUAAAUGAUAUAUACUAAACUAUAAUGAUGUAAAACAGUAGUAGUUGCGCGUAAGUCGUACAUAUUGGUCCAGGGAAUUUUUGGCAUUAGGGACAAGUUACUAUUACUUGUGAUUGUUGUUCUCUAAUCGAAUAUAUUCUAAUUUUUAUUUCAUUUUUCCUACCGAGAGGUGCCGCUGAUGCACUCUUUUUGAGGGGGCCGCUGCUCCCUUGUUAUACUGUAGGGUUAUUAUAAUACGAUUAUGUAAUAUUUGCUUGUACAUGAAGACUUAAAUAUAUCUUUAUGCACUGUG